CGAUUGAAGAAAGAGAAAGGCCUUGGAUCAUCGUCCAGCCAACCACGGCCGCCUGGAGCGACACACUCGACUCCAACCUGGAAUAACGCCGAGCUUCCUCCAACCCCAGCGGCCGCGUGCAGCUGCUGUAGCACAUGCAGGUCCUAUCGCUCUUUUGUGCGUCCACUGCGAGCUGCAGCACACUCCGUCCGACUGCUAUUAAUGGUGCCCUGAAGCAGUUUUGCAGGAGAGAAGCGCCAGGCAGAUCCAGGUUUAGGCUCGAGCUUGGUCUCGCCAUCUGGCUGUCUCUAAGUGAGGCGAGAGUCUUUCGGUGUCGGCCAGCCUUGAUUUCCCUAACAGCUCAGUUCGUUUCGGGGACAAGGGAUGAGAAGACGAGCGAAGAUCCUUCCCCGCGUCCAGACGGUGAAAACGACGAGAUAAAUGAAGAAAGGAGGCCUCUGCUCUGCUUCAGCUCUUUGUGCCUCUCUAGCAGCUCUUUCUGGCGGCUUUCUUUGACGGCCUCUGCCAGCUGGCAGCUUUCGCUCCGACCUCUUUCCGCCCAAUACUAGAGAUUAAAACUUCUAUUAUUCUCUCUUUUCUGAAAGAAAAAAAUUCCGUUCCAUCAAUCGCCUUUUCUACCUUUCUUCUCUCUCCAUCCUCUUCCUCUUCCUAGCAUCCCCC